GCCCUUUUCCGCACAAGCACCGCACCGCGCUCCCCUGUCGUCUCGCUCGCUCUCGCCCGGCCGUCCCACCCGCUUCCCCCGCCUCCGCCUGCGCGCAGUCCCCGUCCAGGCGGCGACGACGACUCGUGCGGAGGGAGAGAGAUGAGGACCAGGAGCGGGUCUCUGUAUUCCAACAACGGAGGCGAGGUCGCCGUGGGGCAGAAGAGGAAGAGGUCGGCGCCGAUGUUGGGGCAGUCGGCCGUCGCCGGCGAGUGCGCCGGCCAGGGUCGCCGGAAGCGCCUCGCGGGAGGGCCGGACUACCUGGACGAGCUCCCCGACGACCUCGUCCUCUCCAUCCUGUCCAAGCUCGCCGCCUCCGCCUCCGCGCCCUCCGACCUGCUGUCCGUGCACCUCACGUGCAAGAGACUCAACGAGCUGGGCGGCCAUGACAUGGUGUUCGCCAAGGCCUCGCCGGCGUCGCUGGCCGUGAAGGCGGCGGCGUGGUCCGAGCCGGCGCAGAGGUUCCUCAAGCGCUGCGCCGACGCCGGAAACCUCGAGGCCUGCUACAUUCUCGGCAUGAUUCGCUUCUACUGCCUUGGGAGCCGGAGCGGCGGCGCGGCGCUGCUGGCGAGGGCGGCUGUCGGCGGGCACGCCGCGGCGCUCUACUCGCUGGCGGUCAUCCAGUUCAACGGCAGCGGCGGCGCCAAGUCGGACCGCGACCUCCGCGCGGGCGCGGCGCUGUGCGCGCGCGCGUCCGCGCUGGGCCACGUCGACGCGCUCCGCGAGCUCGGGCACUGCCUCCAGGAUGGCUACGGCGUGCGGCGCGACCCCGCCGAGGGCCGGCGCCUCCUGGUGGCCGCCAACGCCCGCGAGCUGACCCUCGCUCUCGCCGCGGCCGCCGCCUCGCGCCACCCCUUUGCCGCCGCGGUCCCGCUCGGCGCCGCGGCGGCAGCUGCCGCUGGCGCCGGCGGCUGCCCGCUCCUCUCGGACUUCGGGUGGAGCCUCCCCGAGGCGGAGCCCCACGCGGCGAACCAGUUCAUGGUCGACUGGUGGGCCUCCCGCGGCGCCCAGGCGGCGGCCGGGAAGAAGCUCGGCCCCGGCGCCGGCACGGGCGACAGCGACAGCGACGGCGGGGAGCUCCGGCUGUGCUCGCACGUCCGGUGCGGGCGGCGCGAGACCCGGCGGCACGAGUUCCGGCGGUGCUCCGUGUGCGGCGCCGCCAACUACUGCUCCCGCGCGUGCCAGGCGCUGGACUGGAAGCGCGCGCACAAGGCGCAGUGCGUGCCCAUGGACCGGUGGCUCCUCGCCGCCGCCAACGCCGGCGAGGCCCCGCAGUGAGGAAGAACCCACCGCCGCGGCCGGCGGCGCACCCUCCCUCCAACGGCUGACAUGACGUACCAGUACUAGUCCCCUACAGGCCCACGGCUCCGUAUCCGUGCCACCGGUCCAGCGUAGACCCGGCGUAGCCAAGCAAGGCGCAGGCUCAGCAGAUGGAAUGCGUUCCGGCUUUUCUUUUUUCUUUUUGCCUCCCCCUCCUUCCUUUUCACCCGUUGAGACUUGAGAUUUCUCGGUGCUGUUUGGAUGGGUGUCGUCGUCUUGUCACACCUCACAUGUACGUAUUCUACUAGGAAGAGGAGCCGAGGAAUACCCGCGCCCGGUUCUUUUUUUUGAGCUUUUGUUUUUGUCUCAAUUAAGUUACCCUAGAAUUCCAAGCCCUUUUUCUAAUCGAGUUUUGGAGUUGAGGUCU